CAUGUGGAUAGAUGCUUCUACGGGUUUCUUCUGUGAAGCUAAUGUUAGUGCAAUCUGUGAUCCUUGGGACGUCCCUACUCUAAACCCAUAUACCCUACCUACAACCAUAACCUAACCCUACCAUUUUAAAUGUCAAUUUCCCAAGGAUUCCAGAUUGCACCAACCGUGAUGCUAAUAAUACAUAAUAUAUAUGCCUUGUAUUCGAAAUUUGCAGUUACCACAUCCGGGUCUUUUGCGUCCUUAGUUACCAUUCGGAAAGAAAAAAACAUCACCACCCCUGCCUACACAGCUAUCAGAGCACCCAUGGAUAUUACGAGAGGCAGUUUAGAUGAUAUCUCCCGCCCGGCAUCCAACGAGCGUUCUCGCCCGGGUAGCCGUGUAUCAACUGUGUCACUGCCUGACGUCGGGAGAGUCUUUCAUCCCAGCCCGACGUCCCUGGUGGUCCUUAGCGACGAUGCCCCCAACAAUAAGCAGGAACACAGCAGCUCACAUGAAAACCUCAGGUCUCCAGAUGAAAGUCUUCCUGAGAAAGAUCUCUCCAUUGGAGAUGUAUCUGAUGAGGAGAACGAAGAUCCAGAACUCCAGAAGGCCAUCAAGAAAAUGAAAAUACUUGACAAAAUCUUGGCUUCAAGGAUCUCAAAUGAAAAAGAGGUCAAGAGAAAAGGAAAGGAGCUCCAUCAGAAACUAUGGCAGGAACUAUUGCAGAUAAAGCCCAACAGAUCUUCAGAAUGGGCAGAUGAAGCAGAAAAUACAAGGAUGUUUUUGUCCCUGGCUCCUUCCAGUACUUACGGGUCCAGUGAAGAAUUGGACUUUGCUCCUGUGUUUGGGACUCAAGUUCCUGACAAAGAGUAUGAAAGACACAACAGACAAGUGGAGGAAAGUGAAAAGGACCUCAACACCACAGCAGCAGACUUGGCUGAAGUGUGUCACGAAGAGAGGGCAGACGAGUCAGAAGGCAGCCAGAGUGGGGUUCCCAGGGGCAAAAAUAAACAAGACUUUGUGAAGAAAAAUAUUGAGCUGGCGAGUGGUGCUGGAGGCCCAGUGCAGAUGACACAGGAGGAGAAGUAUCGUCUCGAGGAGCUCCUCAGAGACAUGGAGGAAGGGGACAAUGCUGGGAAGGCAGGCUGUGAGGGAGACAUGUGGGCCGCUCCAGUGCAAGCGGGUGAGGGUUACACCCCCAAACCAACAGAACGAGACCAGCUAAUUCACAUUGACUCCAGACUGCAGCUUCUCCUUCCUGUUGAAGACUUCAUGUCUGUGCGAAGCCCCUACCCUGACCACAGUCUGCCCCAGGCCCAGGAUCUGGAGGCUGGCUGGGACAGGUUGCCAGGAGAGAAGGUCCUGCAGGAUAUAAGGGAGAAGAGAGGGCAGGAGAGGCGUCUCCAAGAGAUCCAGCUGCAGCUAGAGCUGCUGGGCCAGGGCCAAGAAAUGAUUUUUGACAAACCAAUACUACCCGAGGAGCAGCUGAUGACUCUGUUGGAUGAGUAUGAGAUAUCACAGAGCUGGGGACAUGGUCUGGGGAAAAGGGACACAUCACCCAGGGACAACUCUGAUACGGAGAGCCUGCCGGACAGCACCCCCCGUCUCUCUGACUAUAUCCUGUCAGAGUUGCUUAGAGAUGCAUACACCACCAGCUUUAGCCAGUUGGACAAAGCCACCACUAUGUGUUCACCAUAGAGUAUUAACACAUAUGUUGGCUGUGACAAAUGUAGAAAUGUGUAUAUUUACUGUGCAUUCAGAAAGUAUUCAGACCCCAUGACUUUUUCCACAUUUUAUUACAUUACAGCCUUAUACUAAAAUGGAUGAAAUACAUGUUUUGCCUCAUCAAUCUACAUACAAUACCCCAUAAUGACAAAGCAUAAACAGGUUUAUUUUUUUAUUUUUUUUUGUAAAUGUAUGUACAAUGGACUCCAAAAUUACUGGCAAUGCACAAACAAUACUUAAACAAAUAUAAACAAUAUAAUUAUAGAGAUAAUCUCAAAAUACCAACAUGAGAAAUACUGUACAUUAUUAAUGUUUCAAUGGAACCAACCAAAAUCAUUACAUUUUUAAUACAAAAUACAUUUAACCAAAAUCAAGGUUUUAUAAUUAUUGGCACUCCUCAUUUAGUACUUAGUGCAACCACCUCUGGCAAGGAUAACCGAGUCUUUUCCUGUAAUGUUUGACAAGGUUAAGGAGCACAUUGGGUCAUUAUCUUGUUGGAAAGUCCACCUACGGCCAGGUUCUGGCAGAGGCAACCAGAUUGUCAGCCAAAAUUGCCUGAUACUUGGUAGAAUUCAUUAUGCCAUCAAUCUUAACCAGUGCCUCUGGACCUCUGGAAUUAAAACAGCCCCAAAACAUCACUGACCCCCCUCCAUAUUUCAUAUUUCACCGUGGGUAUGAGGUGCCUCUCGUUGUAUGCAUCUCUGUUUCGACGCCAAACAUGCCGAUGCUGUAUCUGACCAAAACGUUCAAAUUUGGUGUCAUCUGACCAGAGCACCUUCUUCCAGUCCUAAUUUAACUGACGUUUGGUAAACUCCAAGCACUUGCGUCUGUGUCUUGGAGUCAGAAAGGGCUUUCUUCUGGCAACCCUUCCAAAGAGCCUGCGGUUCUGAAGGUGGCGUCUGAUGGUGCUUUUUGAAACCUAGUGACCCCAAGACGCCACCAAGACCUGCAAUUCUUUCACAGUGAUUCUUGGGGAUUUUGUUGCUUCUCUCACCGUCCUCCUCCCUAUCCUGGGGGGCAAAAUGCAUUUGCGUCCUCUACCCGUGAGGUUUUCAACUGUUCCAUAUCUUUUGAAUGUUCUAAUAAUUGCCCUGUCAGUGCUCAGUGGUAUAUUCAAUCGUUUGUGGAUCUUCUUUUAGCCAUUACCAGAUUUAUGAAGGUCUAUGACCAUCUGUCUCUUUUGAACUGCUAGUUCUUUUGUUUUCUUCAUGGUGUUGGAUGACAGUGGGAUAUUGCAUGUGUGUUACCUCAUUUUUAUACCCUAGUAAAACAGGAAGUGACGUAAUGGCUCAAUAUAGUUCCUUAAGACUUAGAUAAACUUAAAUAAGUGGAAUUUAAUUUGUGGUUUAAUUUUGGUAGAUGGUAUUUACAAUAAUCGUUCAGGGUGCCAUUAAUUGUGAAACCGUGAUUUGGAGGACAUUGAUUUUUAAUUAAAUCAAUAAAUUAUUUUGGUUGGUUCCAUUGAAACAUUAAUAAAGUACAGUUUUUCU